AGCAUUUCCUGACCUUAGUUGGUCAGCUCCCUAUAAUACAAGUCCUUCACAAUUGCAGACAUCUUUUUGUCACUAAACAUCCAUCCUGUUUGUGUACAGUUUCCAUCAUGGCUGAACAAAUUGUUUAUGCUGAUCUCAACUUGCCUCCUGAAACACCCUCCUCAAGGACAUUCCACCCCUCUCAGCAGCCCUAUACUUCCCAAUCACCCCGCUGGCAAAAUAUCACUCUAUGUAUUGCAUGCAUUGGAAAUGUUAUCCUGUUGGCAGCUCUGGUAGCCUUAGUUUUGCAGAGGCAGGAUGAGAAAGAUGGAUCAGAGAUUAGUGUGACAAACUGCAACACCUCCUUGGCUAACUUUACGUCUCACCUAAGAAGCAGGCUCUGCAAUAAGACCCAGGGAAGCUCCUCAGUGAAUUCUUCCUGCCAAGUUUGCCCUGCUUAUUGGCAUCUCCACAACAACACAUGCUAUUGGUGGGAGUCAAACAAUUCUCUUAAAAACUGGAAUGACAGUAGAGAUGACUGCACAGCAAGAGAUGCCCAACUCUUGAUCAUCCAAGACAAGGAGGUGUUGGAUUUCAUAACAAAUAUUAACCAAGAUAAACAAUUCGCAUAUGCGUACUGGAUUGGACUGUCUUUAUCAUGGCCAGAGAAGAAAUGGAUGUGGACUACAGGCUCCCUAAUAGACAGAAAUAUAAUCCAAGAACCAAACCAUGGUGAAGAACAAUAUUGUGGAGCAAUAAGGAACAGCAAAGUCCUGCCUGAAGCCUGCAGUGUUGAUUUCAGAUGGAUUUGUCAGAAGGACACAGUUUUGAUAUGAUGUUGUAUGUUAAUUCAUGGGGUCAUUAUGUUGUUAAUAACAAUUUUGUUCUUUGCUAGAAACACAAGCACACAAAUAAAA